UGAAACUGCAGUUUUUCGUCAUCGCGGUGGCGUCGUUAGUAAUUAUGACAUCGGCGGCGGCGUACUUACCACCGAAACCUGUGGUCGUAAUCGGCGGCCCGCUGCACUACAUCAGCAGCCCGUACGAUGGCGCCGUGGCCAGCACGUCGACAAACGUGUUCCGGACACCCGGCCACCCGGGACAGGUGUCUGCGUUCCACAAAACCGUCGAGACGCCGUACUCGUCCUCACACAAGGCGGACGUGCGAUACACCAACGACGUGCAACUGCCGUAUCAUCACCCAGCAGCUAUCCCGUACGGCCACGGCCCGGUCGCCGCCGUCCCGUACGGCUACGGACAUGGUGCGGAUGUCCCGUACGGCUACGGACAUGGUGCUGAUGUCCCGUACGGCCACGGACCGGUCGCCGUCCCGUACCACUACAGGCAUGGUCCGGAUGUGCCGUACAGUCAAGGCCCGACCGCCAAUACGGUUGUAACUCCAUAUUCAGUCUCACACGCCAGUUUCUCCGGACCGCACGGAACCCACUACUCGUACAGACGGUGAUUUGGCCGAUUCAUCUUUAUAGUAAAUCGCGCGUGUGUUGUAAUAACGAUUACCUAUAAACAUAUUAUAAUAUAAUAUUAUGACAAUAAUUUUAUUAUACCAAUGUUAUAUCUAUUAUUUAUAUAC